AUGGGCUGCCUGCAGAGCGUCGCGUGCAAGGCGCGCGUGCGGCGCGACAACAUCGUCCUGAGCGACGUGUCCGCCACCAUCGAGCCGGGCGCCACUGCCAUCGAGGAGAGCUCGCCCGUCGUGCUGCGCUACCGCACGCCCUACUUCCGCGCCGCCGCCCGGGGCACCAUGCCGCCCAUCCCGCGCCGCCACACCUGGGUGGUGGGCUGGGUGCAGGCCUGCAACCACAUGGAGUUCUACAACACCUACAGCGACCUGGGCAUGUCCAGCUGGGAACUUCCUGACUUGCGAGAAGGGAGAGUAAAAGCCAUCAGUGACUCUGAUGGUGUGAGCUACCCCUGGUAUGGGAACACCACGGAAACGGUGACCUUGGUUGGGCCCACUAACAAGGUCUCCCGGUUCUCAGUCAGUAUGAAUGACAAUUUUUACCCCAGCGUGACAUGGGCUGUCCCUGUGAGUGACAGCAAUGUACCACUGCUGACCAGGAUUAAGAGGGAUCAGAGCUUUACCACGUGGCUAGUAGCCAUGAAUAUGACCACCAAGGAGAAGAUCAUCCUGCAGACUAUAAAGUGGAGGAUGCGUGUGGACAUUGAAGUGGAUCCCCUGCAGCUCCUGGGGCAGCGAGCACGACUAGUGGGAAGGACUCAUCAGGAGCAGCCCCGGAUUCUGAGCCGAAUGGAACCCAUCCCGCCAAACGCACUAGUGAAACCCAAUGCCAACGAUGCCCAAGUCCUCAUGUGGAGACCUAAACGAGGCCAGCCUUUGAUAGUGAUACCUCCCAAGUAG